AUGGAUAGUAAAGAUUGGAUUGUUAAUAUCAGCAACAAAUCCAUUCCUAAAGAAGUGCUGAAUUUCUUAAGUCUAGGAGACAAGUUUGCGCUGCCGGUCAGUAAUGGUAAUAAAUCAGAUUAUGUAGGCGUGAUCUUGAAUUUUAUUAAGAACUUUGAAUCUAGAUGUUUGAAAUUACAUAGUAGUAUCAUUAAUGACAUAAGGAAGUUUAUGGUGGAAGUGUUAAGUGGUUUCUUAAAAAGGACAAACCACAUUAAGUUUGUUGACAAGUAUGUUUCCACAUUGUUUAAAAAAUGUAAAAAAUAUUUAAGAGACAAUAAGGACUUGAUGGUAAGGAGGGUAGACAAAGGUCAAGUUACAGUUAUUAUGGAGAAAUCGAACUAUUUUAAGAAAAUGACUGACUUACUUAAUGACAAUACAACGUAUAAGAAACUUGAUAAAGAUCCGAACAGAAGAAUAAUGAUUAGAUUUAAUGAUUUGGUUAAAUCGUGGCUUAAUCUUGGGAUCAUAGACGAGUUUGUUUACAAACAAUUACAUAUGACUACUUGUACCUUACCUAGAUCUUACGGACUUCCAAAAAUACACAAAUCAGGUGUUCCUUUGAGAAUCAUUGUUUCUUCCAUAGGAGCCCCCACUUAUAAUACAGUACAAUACUUACUGAAAAUAUUGAGUGACUUUAUUCCGAAACCAAAAUCACAUAUAAAAGACAGCUGGACCUUUGUCAGAAAAAUAAAGGAUUUAAAGGUUAGCAACAAUCAAGUUUUAGUUUCUUUAGACGUGGUGUCCCUGUUCCCGAACAUACCGAAAGAUUUAGUGAUGAAAGGAAUACGUAGUAGAUGGCAUUAUAUUAGUCAGUUUACAAAGUUCAGCUUAGAUUAG